AUGCCAUAUGAAACGCCUAUAGAUAUCCUUCAUGAUUUGGGAGAAGGUUUAUGUGAAAUCAUUACAAAAGAAGUCCUUCGGACUGCGAAACGCUUCAAAUCAGAUCUAUUUCAUCCAAAUGCUUCUAACACCACUCUCGAGGAACUGCUUUCCGAAGUUGUUCUAUCCUCGAAGUAUUCUAAAAUCAAGGAUUGUCGAAACGGUAGCGACAAGCUUCACUUUUUCCGAAUUCAACUUUUCCUCGCCGCUUUAUGUUCGCCGAAUCUGCCAACAAAAGGACGAUUCAUGUUGCAAAAAGCGCUAAGACGAGAAGUAAGGCAACGAGCAGCUCAAGAUACAGUUUCCAUGUCUCUGAAGAAAUUUUUGCAAGCAACUCCGGAAAUGUUGCCAAGUGCGACAAGAUGGAGUAACGAAAUAAAGCGAAUUAAAAAUGAGGACGUAAUAAUUGCCGACGAGAACGCCAUUUAUUACGGAACAUUACAUAUGGCUUGCGGAAAAUUCAAAUCGGCAUACCUUGAUGAUGAAACUGUGGAUGACGUGAUGUUCGCUGUUUACAAUAACAAUUUAGAGGUUUUCCGAUUUAUUGCUGUUGUAUACCAUUCGAACUGUGCUGAAGUGGUUGUUGAACUAAUAAAAGAAGUUGAACCAGGAUCGCAGUUCGCUUCUCUCGCGAAAUCAAUUAAUGAUCUACAUGACACGGACUAUUAUUAUGGAAAUGAAAUAUUGAAAAUGUUAAAAGAAUACAAAGGCGUGAAAAACGGCGAGCUCACAGGAAUUCGGUUAAUUAUUUCUAUUGAUUGUAUAAGGCAUUGUGCAUGCUAUAUUCCUACGCAUAAUGGAAUUUUGAUUGUUGCUGCAAAUGGCGCUCUUGUGCAUAAUUAA